CGCUCGCUCAAGACAGCUGAGGGAAAGGAAGGCUGAGUGAGUGAGGAGGGCGCGCGCGUGUGUGUCGAGGAGUCACGUGUCCGCCUGCCCGUGCGCGCGCUGCCUGGCUGGCUGCUUCUCGCGCAGACCGUUAGCCUCUCAUUCCGGCUCCGGCUGUCUGAGGGACCGGAGGGCCAGAGCUCCAUUCUCCGCAGGACGGACUGACUGGCAGGCCGGACACACGCCACACAGACACCGCUGUGAGCUCUGAGUGGAGCUGUCGGGGGGCGGUGGAGUCGCCAUUGCUAAGGUGAGCGCUAUGAUCCCAGGAUUCUUCUACUCUCAUGUGUUUUGGUGUCCUUUACCCAGCAUGCCCGGGGGGGGGGGGGUACUGGGGUCUGGGGUGGCUGUUAUGGCUGUUUGCUCACUCAGGUGCUGGCCGUGUUACUGCUCAAGCCUGGCCAUUUGGAUCUCUGCUCAUUGUGGACUACAAUGCCCAUCAUCCUCAGCCAUGCCCUGGGACUCGCUGGAGGAUGGUGAGGUUCCAGAUUUUAUGGCCAGCUGUUGGCACUCCCACAUUACCCACAAUGCUUGGCAAGAAUAACUUUCAUCCAUGUUCUUGUCAACUUUAAUACCCAACUCGUCUGGAUGAGGAUCAUAGGCAUCAGAGUGCUCAGUAACCAGUAUGGGGAGUUGGCCAUCACUGCUCUGAUGCAUUAUCACAUGUGUUUUUGUUACAGGGAGGAAAGCAUCAUGGGAUUUGUAGUCCUGCAGCUGCUCGUGAAGGGGGUCCUACCUUGAGUUAUUCUCUUUUAUAGCAGUAACAACCUUUAUUGUCAGGGCUCUGGUAUUUAAAAGGUUACAGACUGCAUGGCCUGUUUGGCCUUUUUACAUGGAAAGAAGGUCAUCUGGGCCCUUCCCAUGGUUCCCUGCUAGGGCUUAUACCAGAUUUUAUAUCAUGGGGUACAUCCACCGCCCAGGGGUCAGUACUGAGUGUGCCCUGUGUGUGUACACAUUUAUCAUAUAAUGUGUAUCCCUUUGUAUUAUCACCCUGUUACAGUAGGGAGUAUCCCUGCAGGAAUUUGCAGUGGGAGGGAGGCUGCACACUUCCUGGGAGUGGUAAAAGAAGGGAGGGGGGGUUGCCAGUUUAGCAGGGCCUUGGGUAAUGUUUAUUUUUAACAUGGAAUCACUACCCAAAAAAACACACACGUUUAUUGCCUGUGAUAAGUACUACUGGCCAGACUCCUUAUAUUACAUUUAAUUACACUGUGGCUUUGAUUUCCUUUUUUUUUUUUCUUCUCAUAAUUCUUUUGAGUGUUUUAGGCAACAACAGAUGUGCACGCUUUGAAGUUUGUGCCAUCCCGUCUCUACCCAGAUUUGACUUGGGCUUUUAGUGUAAUGAUUUUUUAUGUUUGCACGUUAUAAGUUGUCUGCACACUUAUUAGUAGUAUUUACAAUGCACCAACAAAUUCACAAGGUUACUAUAUAUAAUAAUUUUUUUUCUUACUGUAACAGUCAUUAUCCGUAUCUUUAAUUAUUGCUUACAUUGAUUUCGUAACCUAAAAAGGCUUUCUCCCAUUUAUGUUAUUGAUAUUUGCCAGCUUGCUAUUGGUUAGCUCCCAGGCCUGUGCUUACGAAGCUGAUGUGUCAGCACAUGCCUGCAGUUUUUUCGUCCCUCAGGGUUUAUUUUUCUUCGUUCUUUGUUAUCUGCAAGAAAGAUUGAACUUUUUGAAGCAAGUGAGACACUUAAAUGCCAGUUUGAGUCUAUCUACUUUCUGUUUUAGUUUAGCUGUGCUGACAUAAGUUUUAUUUCCACUUUUUCUAAUUGCUCUUCUAGUAUCAUGAUUAUCAGGGCUGACACAUCUUAAUGUAGUGGUUCUGGUGCACAUAUGCUGUCACUUUUCUUUGGAAAUGCAAACCAUUUUAGAAAAACUACAAUGUUUACAUUUUGUGUAAAGCGGUCAGAUAGCAGCUUGAGGCACUUCCUCCUUAUGUCCUUCAAUUUCCAAAGUUUUUACAUUCAACUGUGUUUUCUGAGAGAAGCAUUAAACUCAGUGCUUCUCUGUGACCACAACAUUUCUGGUACUCUAUUUUUAAUCAUUUUUUGUUAAUGUAGUAAGGAACACAUCUAGCUUUAAGUCACAGAAAAGAAAGCACUUGACCAGUUCAGAAGUGUUGUGACAAAUGUUUCGAGGUCAAAACUUGUUCAUCAAUUGUGGGGUUGGGGGGGAGGGGGUGGAACAUUGCUUUUAGACCCAAAUUAUUGCUUGCUUUAAGUGCUAAUUUAUAGUGCUAGUGCUAAGGAACACUAGUACUGUUGCAAGACCACGGUGCAAGAAGUUUUUACUGAAGGUACUUAAAGGACCACUAUAGACACCCUGACCACUUCAGCUCAAUGAAGUGGUCUGGGUGCCAGGUCCAUCUAGGGUUAACACUGAAGCUGUAAUUGAGGGUUAAUCCAGCCUCUAGUGGCUUCUCAUUGUCAAAAUCAGUGAGAAGACGCUGCAGUCCAUAGAAAGCAUUGAGUAAUGCUUUCCUAUGGACUGAUUGAAUGCACGCGGCUCUUGCCGCACAUGCGCAUUCAGCGCUAACGUUGGAAGAGGGAGGAGAUUUCCCCAGUGCCGAGGGAGCCUGGCGCUGGAGAAAGGUAAGUGACUAAUCACUUCCUCCCCCUUCAGCCCGGCGAAAAGAGCACACAUGGCCAGUACUGGACUCCUCUAAUCAAAUGGAGGUUAGCUGUGAGUUUGACUCUGCUCUCACAGUGGAAUUGCCUCUAGUGACUGUCAGGAAUAUAGCUACUAGAGACCUAAUCAGCCAUUAAUUGGAAACAUUGCCAUAACUACUAAAUGUCAAUGGUUUACAUUACAUGGUUAAAAGUACCACUGCACUCAGACCACUAAAUUGCAAUGAAGAGGUCUGAGUGCCUUUAGGGGGCACUUAAAGAAACUUUCUGGGCACCAUAAGAGGGUUAAAAUUGUAUUUAUAUUUUUUCCUCGCACCAUGCUGCUCUUUGUGCCUGGCCCUGCGUCCUUGGCUUGGAUAAUAGAGAGCAAUGAUCUCAGCCAAUCCAAUGCUGUCUCAUAGGAAAGAAUUUAGUCUAGUGUGCAUGCGCACUAAAGAGCCUCACGGUACUAUUCAUAUGGUCAGUAUGAGUCCAUCUGAUUGAAAUAGCGUAUAUUUACUCUAUUUCAUAGGAAGCGCUCCUAGAGGCUGUCUCAGUGACAUUCACUAGAUGCAUGUAAACGCUGUAAGGUAAACAGUCAUUCUAGAGAACGACAAUGUUUCAUACUGCAGGGGGAAAAAAAACCUUCAGGGACAUGACACCUAGACCACUUAAUUGAGAUGACGUGUUCUGAGUGCCUAUAAUGUUCCUUUAAAUGUAAAAACCUGUGGCGGUAUCCCUUGAGAAGAUGAGUCACUAGUGCCUUCCCAGUGUGUUUAGCUCUCGAGUGAUUAUAUCCUCUUGCACAAGGUACCGCUGUCUCAUCCAAGCAUAAGUCGAGACUCAAUGAAGGGUGAAGAACUGUUUUUUUUUUUUUAUUAUUAUUAUUAUUAUUAUUAUUAAUAUUAAUAAUAAUAAUUAAGCAAAGUGUACAGAUUUAUUCCCAGACCCUCACCAUGUGGUCUCUAUUCAGUGUAACAUAAGCCUGCCUCUGUGUCUAGGAGAUAAUGGAGUCCGCUCUCGGUUAAAAUAAUUAUCUCCAGGACACAGAGUGCAAAAUACCCCAAAGCACAUGUAUUAAUGUAGAGCACCCCCACAUGCCAUAUAUCACUGGAAAGGUCUCUGUGGGGUGCCCGUUCAUUACGGAGUGCUAGGUAAUGUUUCCCGGUUACCUAAAAGCGUGGCACUUUUUGUUGGUACAUGGCGAUCCCCCAACUCCUUGGUGUCGUUCGAUUUCUCCCCACCUCCUCUGUUAAUACUCCAAAGAGUGCCCUGAUUGAAUGUCCUGGGACUGUAAGAGCUCUAGUUAAAGUUUUAGCAGACCAUGGUGACUCUGCGAUCUGCUUUAGAGUUCCAGGAUGAUUUGAAGUCGCUCCCAGUCAGGCGCUCAAUGUCUCAACGUCCCCUCUGGCAGAGGAUAGGCGGUCCUGGACAGCCAGAAGGGUCGCUGGGCUAUGAAACAUGGGCUGGAGUUUUAGUCUAUACGUUUAGUCAUUUUGGUUGAGGGCUGAGGAGCCAUGUACCUGGCUUAGGUGACCAGAGUGUCCGUCACACUACUUAACUUUACUUGUGCCAAAAUGGUUGUCAUAGUAGUGUAUAGUAGUAGUGUUGCAAUGGAAUCUUUCCACAAUAACGCCACAGUUAGCUUAAUUGGUUAUGGUGCUUGUAGUGUCCUUUUUAACUGAAAUGUUUGGUGUGAGUGUGAAUCUUAUUUUACUUCUCGCUCACAUUUUAUUACUUCCCACUAUGAGCAGAUCAAAUCUCAAGGUAAUGUUUCACCUACUCUACCAAAUACAAAUGGAAUGUUUAGGACAUCACUGUUAUGAAACUCCUUUUUACACAUUGUGCUGAUGCUUAAGAGGUGGCCAAAAAAAGAAGCCUAUCUUAAUUUUUUUGAGUUUCCUGCAAAUAUUUAGGUUCUGCUUUGAAACCUGCAAAGAAUAGCCACUCUGCCCAGUUCUUGAGCAGAGCUAACUGGCACUGGCCUGAAGACUUUAGCUUUAAACAGCUAGUUAGUAUUUUAAAUCCUGAAGGUAAGCCUGCCCCAUGGACCUCUUAAAGUAGAAAUACUCCUUAGUACAGGUAUAUAAGGUGUAAACAAGAAAUAUUUAUCAAUAAUAAGUUGGCAGCCUCCCUUGGAUCGCUCCCAGUCAGCAAUUCUACUCAACCACAAGAUAUAUAUACCCACAAAAGGAGAGGGAACCGUCUGGAAUCUAAAAAUAGAGUAAAAAUACAGAAAAGAAUAUAGUGUAAAUCCGUAUGUAAUAAGUUAUGCGCUAGUAUAGAAUACACUCACAAGAUCUUUGUUGAUUCAAGCGUAUAUAAGGUGCCUCCCACGAUGAUGUUGGGGGCUUGGGAUCACUUCUCUGGACUCUCUCCACUAAGAUGGAGGACUCCGGGUGGAAGGUUGAAAAAAGCGGCUUUUUAUUAAUAUAAAAAGCAAUAAGCACAAAUGGUUGGUGCCGACCAUGGACCUCCUGACAUCAUUACUUCUUCUGAUAAAGCUGUAAUGGUGCCUGCAGUAUUCAUUUAAUGAGAGACGCGUUUAAUGCCAGGUUUCCCCACACCCUCCCCCUUUGUCUGUUUUUUUUUAUAGGGUUACUAUAGUGUAAGGAAUAGAAUCCUGUGUUCCAUACACUAUAUAGUUCCCUCUGGCCAACCCCUCCUUCACGCACCACCAGCAUGUAAAGGGUUAACUUUAAAACAACAACAACAAACUUUCUGUACUCACCCAAUUUCAGUGAUGGUCUCACUUGGUGCUGGGUCAUUGCUCCGCUUACACCAGUGUCCCCCGGGGGUGGAUGGGGACUGCAAUGCUUUCCUAUGGGGAUUUUAAGUACGUUGAUUUGAAGAGCGUGCAGCGUCAGGCGGCCAAAAGUAGGAAGUGUAGUGGCUGUCUGAAAGUCUUUAGAGGUACUAUUAGUCCUGCAGUGUACAUACAUCUUUAAAAAAUGAAAGAAGAAAAACUCAUCCUUAAUUUAUUUCUUUGUGUAUGAGAAGAUCCUUCAGCCAUAUACAUGCACCUUGGGUCAGACCGUGUUUGAAAACAAACAGUUGUGUCUAUGGUCUGCCUCCUUAACUCUGUGCAUAGAAGCAGGGAAGACCAGAGAGUCUCUGUUUUCAAACACUGUCUGACCCCAGGUGCACUUAUAUGGCUGAUAUGUGCUAUCAAUGUUAGGGAUGGGUUUCUCUCAUUUAUUUUGUACAUAUAUUUAAUUAAACAAAAAUAUUUUUACUUUAAGAACUUUGAAAGGAUUAUUAUAUUAAAAAUAGAUUUGAGGUGAUUUUUUUUCCCCUCUGGGGUACAUACUCUAACUUUAUGCAGAAUCCUACAUAUCUUGAAACAUUUAAAACAAAUUCUAUUUGAUUAGGUUCCAUAUCACGGGUUUGCGUUUCUUGUACCUUCUUUUCCAACAUGUUAAAGUAAGUAUUUAAGAUGUGUACAAUCCAUCGCCCUGUCGUAGGAAGCUUUCUUUCUAUUUUAAAUGGUUUCAACUGUUGCCACAAGUCAUUGUGGUCGCUGUGGCUACUGCUGAGCUAAUCUACAUUUGAGCACACCAGAAAGUUACAUAGAUCUUAGUACAGUCCUUGUAAGCAGAAUACGAAUAUAACUGUGUACCAAGUUUUGUAUUUUUAUAUCCAUUAAUUCAAAGAAGUGUCAUUACUCUGCUUAGCAAACUUUAAUAACAUUACAAUAGUUGCCAAAAACAGCCCAGUAGUUGAAUUUGGCUUUUUCUUUAGCUAGAUAUAGAUGAAGGGAGGAAAAAGUGAUUGCUUUGUUGUAAAUGGACAUUCCACACACCUAGUCUCCUUGCACAUGUUUUUGCAAAAAGUGAUCCAUUGUCAUGGACAACUUUUUUCCUAUUUAUUUUUUAUUUUAUUUUUUCUCUUGCCAAAAUUGGUGCAGACUUCCUCUUCACAUUAAAGGGACACUAGAGUCACCACAACAACUACAGCUUAAAGGGCCACUAUAGUGCCAGGAAAACAUACUCGUUUUCCUGGCACUAUAGUGCCCUGAGGGUGCCCCCACCCUCAGGACCCCCUCCCGCCCCGGCUCUGGGGAGAGGAAAGGGGUAAAAACGUACCUUUUUCCAGCGCUGGGCGGGGAGCUCUCCUCCUCCGUUCCUCCCAUUCGGCUGAAUGCGCACGCGCGGCAAGAGCUGCGCGCACAUUCAGCCGGUCGCAUAGGAAAGCAUUUACAAUGCUUUCCUAUGGACGCUUGCGUGUUCUCACUGUGAUUUUCAAUGAGACAGCCGCUAGAGGCUUUGGAGGAAGGAUUAACCCACAAAAAGUUGGCAUGUAUUGUGGUUUGGGAACUUGGGUUUAAAAAGGUUCGCCAUCACUGCCAUAAUGGGCAGGCUCAGCUCUCAUUAAAACCACAAUCACCCAUGGCCUGCAAGUGUUUUUUUUUUCCAGGAGGGAUUUCAAGGACCUGUACUUCAGCCACAAUUGUACUCUUGAUAUCUGAUGAGAAUGAGCUAUUAAGCUGAUAGAAGUCAUUCCAUGGCUAUCAUUUUUUUAUCUCCAUUUCCACCUGCUACUUUUUGUUAUAUGCACUACAAUCUGGUCAGAGCUCUGGAAACAUUGCUUCUCUUUCAUACUUUGUCCCAUUUCACAAUAUAUAAUAUACACAUUACCAUAUGGCAUCUGAUUUGUCACUUCACCUGUCUAAGCAGUGUAUUAUGUGCAGCAUAAUUGAUUGCAAGCAAAUGCGCAGGUUGAGAGCUAUUGGUUGACAUUUAGUUCCAUGAUGUGAUGGGAUAGAAAGAAAGUGAUGCAGACAGUAUUUUCACCUAAGUGUUGUAUGAUUUGUCUCUCCUAGAACAUUUGUAGUUUAUUGUGCAAUAUAAAUAUUUUCCUCACAUUAAUUGUUUUAGACAUUGUUCUAUGUUAUGGGAGCAAACUCUGGAACAUAAAGCUCCAUUUCACAAUCUGGUUUAUUCUCUAAAGUGAGAAUUUAAAGUCCAAGUAGCUAGGACAAUUCUCAAAGUCAGAGGAACUUUUAAUUGGCAAUUAGCCAGUGACUCUGGCCUUAAAUUUAUGAUUCAAUAUGAUUUAUUCUAAUAAAUAACCCUGUAUGUGUCUCUCAGACCUUCAUCAUCUGUUGCUGUUACUGGUGGUUUGUUCCAGGGAACAUGCAUAGCAACAUUAACCUUACCGGUAUUUUGUAAUGUGAAGUAUGUUUUUUUUUUUUUUUUUUUUAUAUAUAUAUAUAUAUAUAUAUCUCUAUCUCUAUCUAUAUCUCUAUCUAUCUCUAUCUAUCUCUAUCUAUAUAUAUAUAUAUCUCUAUCUAUAUAUAUAUAUCUCUAUCUAUAUAUAUAUAUAUCUCUAUCUAUAUAUAUAUAUAUCUAUCUUCUGAUGUUUUUCGGGGAUAUUAUAAAUGGGGAAAACUAUAAGCUGUAUUUUGUUGUACAUCUCAGUUAUGCUUUGUUUUGUGUUUGAAGUAUUCUGGCAAACCAUAGGUUAAAACAUAUAUCCAGGCCAGAGGAAGCUGAGUAAUACAGAGCCAGCCCUGACGAGUCUGCAGUGGAGACAUUGGCCAGCCCUUAUAUGGAAACUGUGAAUUUUUGGAAUCUCUGCCCAGGCCUCAGCACUCUCCUGAAAGAGUCAUUUGCUUAAGAAUGCUUGCGUUCCAAGCUCUUACUCUGUGCUGGAUAUUUGAAGGCUUAUUUAUUUGGUCGCCAUGAGUCUGCUUGCAGCAUUACCAAACAUGGGGAGUGUUAAUAAAAAGAUAUUGUGCUGGUUAAUUUUAGAGUACGGCGUAUUUAAAAAGGUGACCUGGAAAGUUUAUUGAAUAUAGUAUGUCCAUGUUGGCAUAUUUGUUUACAAUUUGGUAUUCUGUAUUUGAGGGACACAUACAUAGUUUCUCAUUGUGUUCCAGUCCUUUGGCAAAAAAAUAUGCUUGCAUUAUUUAAUUAAAAUUAUCAGUGUUUCUGAAUGUUUGCUGACCACUGUAUUUGCAGUAGACCUACAUAAGGGUAAUGAUUGGAAAUGCUAUGUUUUUGUUGUCUCUAUGGUAACAAAAUAUCUGACAUACACCCUGGUUACCCAGUUGGUCAGGAGAAAUUAAAAUAUCUUAGACAUAUAGUGUGUAGGUGACUAGAAAGGAGGAGAUGGGAGGGCUGGCUUUUUGCGUUGUAGUGAAUGGUACACGCUGCUCCCUUUGAGUCACACUGACACAGUGCUGGGAAGACGUGAUAUGACCUCUUGAAUGCACAAAUACAUGGCUCACUCCAUUAUAUUUAUAUCCUCCCAGAAAUACUUCCUUAUAUUGAUACCCCAAAUAUGCAAUUGGUGCCCAAAAAAGUUAUUUUUCACAAUGGUACAUUGUGUGCCAAUCCCAAAUCAUUUUUCUCCCCUUUAACCCCUUAAGAACCAAACUUCUGGAAUAAAAGGGAAUCAUGACAUGUCAUGUGUCCUUAAGGGGUUAAAGUGGAACUUUCACUUUACAUUAGUGUUUACUGGGGUGGCUGAACAAGGUCCAGUUAAGUGACAGUCUGUCAGUUUUUUUUUUUUUUUUCUUGUUUGAGUUAUUCUGUUAAAAUAACUGCUUUGUCAACAUAAAGGCUGAUUUGGUUCAUUAACCGUGCUUUAUGUACUUUGGGAAUUCUGUACCGCAGUAUAAUUGUGUAAAUGAACAAUACACAGGACUAAACCUCUAAAAUGCCCAAUGGUUAAUACACAAAUGGUCAGUCCUAACCCUAGACAUUGAUCGCCACCCUUUUUCUUUCAUCCACUUGUACCUUUAAUUACAUCCACCACCAAUACACAGUAAAUGACACCUGCAGGUUUAAAAGAAAUUCCCAGUUUGGUGAAUUUAUACAGCACUACAUUGUACCACUUCAUCUCAAUGGUGCGGUGUACUAGUGUUAAUCUACUUGCUGCCUCAAUUCAUUAGCCUGAGCACCAGAGGAGAGGCAGUGUAAUGGGCACCAAGGUUUACUACUUCUGUGUUAAACCAUUAGAAAACUGCUUAAUUCUGGAAAGUAAGACCAUACCAGCAGACUUGGUCUUUAGAUGGAGUGGUUAUGGUGGCCAGAGUUCUUUAAAGCAGAGAUACAUGCAAUCAGAGCAGAGAUACAUGCAAUAAGUGUAAUAACUUGGUGCUAUUAUGCAACAGGUUUCAAACUUGGUUUGGUUCUGAUAUUCCCUGCCAGUUAAUCUCCAAUGUUGGAUCUCUCCCACCUUUUAUCUGCUACACCACUUUCUUAUGCAAAAUAAAUUUAAUUGGAGUAGUUUAACUUUCUUCACUGGUGUCCAGCAGUUAGGUCUUUAUGACCCAAAAUAUCUCCAUGUUGUAUAUCAUUUUGAUGCCAAAUAUAACCACCUGCAAAUCUGAGUGUUCUGACAGAACUCAGAUUGUACUUGUAGAUCGUGAUCAGAGCCACACCAUCAGGUUUAGGUUUUGUGUUUUCUCUCUAAAUUAAUUCCAGUUAAACAGUGUGCUGCAGAUGCUAUCAUUCCAAAGGAAGUCCAGACAAUAUAGCCAACUUCCUUAAAAAAAAACCAAAAAAACAAAAAAAAAAGUGGAUUCUUCUCUUCAGUCGAUACUAGUGGGAGAAAGUCUUUGCACAAGAUUUGUGUUUGCCAUUUUAUUGCUCUUAUAAAUGUAUGUGAAGCAGGGAAGGUAAGAGAUUAUCUGUUUUAAAACAGUCUGUAUGAAACAUAGUGUGACGGCAGAUAAGAACCAUUCGGCCCAUCUAGUUUGCCCAACUUUCUGAAUACUUUUUAUUAGUCCUUUGCCUUAUCUUAUAUCUAGGAGAGCCUAUCCCACACAUGCUUUAAAGUCCUUUACUGUGUUAACCUCUACCACUUCAGCUAAGAUGUAUAGGAUAAUGAGUUUUGUGUUUUGUUUUUUUUGGGGAGGGUUUUGUGCGAUAUAUAUGUGUACUGCAUCUCUUACUCACCCAAGUCAAAUCUUUUCUAAACUUUAUCAGGCUCCAAUACAUGGAGCACAUGUCUCAGACCAUGGCCUUUGUAAGUGUUACUUGCGUUUCCAGCACUAGGAGUGUGCAAUGGGCUCUGACUCACAACAUGCACAAAGCAGCUUCCCCAGUAUUCGUGUAGUAGUGGAGCUCUGCACCCAUAGCAUAUAUUAUGGGUUCUGCUUUCCACCAGCUGAGAGCAGGUGAAUAGUGCCCCUCAGAAAUAGACAUUGCUUUUGAGAAUGUUUUAUUGUAAAGUGCUGUGGAAUAAGCUGGUGCUAUAUAAAUACCUAUAAUAAUGAAAAUGGAGCUUCCAAGCUUUUUGCAAGUGUUACUAAUCUUUUGCUCUAAAGGAAGAAAACAAAAGAAAAUAAGGCCACAUUUCUCCCAGAUAUUGCAUGGUGCUGAGAAGCUAUCUAAAGGUAUAGUUUUCUCCUCUGCACAUGAUGUUUGCUGUUUGCUCUUAUGUGGAAUUGCAUUUACUAAAAGGCUGUCGGUAAAUUUGAUUGGCAGCUUAAUACGAACCUUGCUUUUGGCUCCCCUCGUUGUCGGGUAAUGUCAACCAGACUGCUAUACAUAAAGAAAAGUGGUCCCUGCUUCUCUUCUUGUGUAUUCUAUGAACACUAGCGUGCUCAGCAAGGAAAGAGACUCCGACACAGGAAGCUGUAUAGAAGCAGAUUAGAUAGUUUAAUUUAGAAAUAGGAAGUUGUUAGCAUGUUCUAAAUGAGGGGUGCCCAAAAGGUAUAUGCACAGAUUUUGUAGAACUACAACUCCCAUGAUGCUUUGCAUACCUCCAGACUGACAAAGCAUGAUGGAAACUGUAGUUUUAAAACAUCUGGUGGUCAAACUUUCAGGUACCCAUGUUCUAAAUUGUGAUAUAAAAUAUAGUUUCGUUCAUGUGUUUUUAAAUUGCAGUUAUGGUGUUAAAUAUUGAGGCCUGUGCCGUGAAACGGUCAGGAUAACUGCUCCAAAGUUAUUUGAACGUUUGACAAUUACAUAAACUAAUAGAAUUUUAAUACUUGUAUGAUUCGGUCAACUCAUGGCAUUUACUAUUUUAAAGGGAGACUCCAUUGAAUGUAACCAUUAGAGCUUAUUGUAGUGCUAGGAUGGUGUCCUUGAAAAUUUAAAAGAAACACUAUAGUUUUAGGAAUUCUAGUGGCAGUCCUUAACCCUGCAAUGUAAACAUUAACGUUUUGCUAAAACUGCAAUGCAGGGUUAAGAGAACAGGGACAGUACACCCAGAUUACAUCAAUGAGAUAAAGUGGUCUGGGUACCUAAUAGUGUCCCUUUAAAUCUUCUCCCUUCCCUCCCCUGUUCAUUGCACAGCCCGCUGGGCCUGUCUUCAAGCUGAGCUUUGUGAAUGCUCUUACAGGACAGUCCUAUAAUUGAAUUAGACUGACUAGAACAGUGUGCAUACAUACUGCUAAAUACUGUAAAAUGCAAUCAAUAUUUUCUCCAAAUGACACAUUUGAGAAGGGGAGCAGAGCCUGUUGAUGAAAGAUGAAAAUGAGAUGGGACCACUGUCAUCAGAUUUUCACCUCGUUGUUUUUUUUUUUUGUUUGUUUUUUAAUGUAACUUUUUGAAAACUUCAUUUUCUGGAUGAACAGCCAUAUCGUGUGAAACUCUAUUAUUACCUGACUAUGCUAUUCAACCUAGCUCACCAGUUUUACGCAAGUUUCAGCAGUUGGUUCGAUAACGUCAAGUCUGACCAACAGGGCUGUUCAGCCAUGUGAUAUUUUGUCCUUUUUUUAAAGGUAUGUUUUGACAGACUGCAUGCUAGCACCAUAACCAUAAGUUGUGUUCGGAGUGUAAAAUAGUUUUUUUGCUUUUCAUAGCCUAAAUUAAAGUUUAAUGCCACAAUUAGGUAUGUUAACCCUGCUAUGUAAAAUAUCUACCUUAAAAUAAUCUAGUAUUGAACACUCGAACGUUGACUGUGAUUUAUCCAAUUUAUUGCAGAUGGCGCCCAAACAGACUUUCAUUGCGGUGAUUGUUAUUUCUUCAUUUUUGUGUGUCCGCUCUCAGCAAGGUAAAUUAUUUGUGUGCAUGCUUUGUUUUUUGUAAUGGUUUUUUCCCCCCCUGAUUUAAAAAAAUAAAUAAAUAAAAAUACAUUGACAUUGACAGCCGCUAGAGGCGCUUGCGUGAUUCUCACUGUGAUUUUCACAGUGAGAGCACGCCAGCGUCCAUAGGAAAGCAUUGGUAAUGCUUUCCUAUGCGACCUGCUGAAUGCGCGCAGCCAGCCGACGGGGCGGAUCGGAGGAGAGCGCUGGAAAAAGGUACGUUUUUACCCCUUUCACCCUUCCAGAGCCUGGCACGGCACUAUAGUGGUCCUUUAAAGUCUCAGACCACUUGCUACUUCUGAAUGAAUACUGAAGCACCAUUGGGCAAUAUCAGAAGUUAAUGUAUUUAAAUAGACAAUAUGACCUUUCAGGAUUAUGGUUGACCAAAGCCUAACUCUCGAGGUUACUUGACUGGGAAAACUAGCUACGGGUACUCUGUUGGGGAACUUAAACUAAGUGACUAUUUAAGACCUUGGGCUUUAAACUAUCAUUUAGGGAUGCACACACACCCUUCUAUCUACUGCUUCUACAGUUAAAGAUUUGAGGUCCCUUUAUAUACUAUCUUGUGACAAAUUCUGUAAGAUUCAACUAAACAGUGUUUUUCCUUACUUUAAAAUGUCUUCUGGACACAAAGUGCUGCUACAUAUCUGUGCUGAAAGCAAAAUGUCUGUUCUUUAAUCCAGGUGGGACUGAAUGUUUAAAAGCCAAUGUAAAGUCCUGUGGAGAAUGUAUACAGGUGGGGCCAAAUUGUGGGUGGUGCACACAAGUGGUAAGUAUGAAUUCCAGUUUUUUUAUUUAAGCAGAAGUUUGUUUUUGUUUUGUGUUUGUUCUCCAAGUGUGACUCAUGGCAGUGAGUCUUAAUAUUUAAAUGUGUGUACUUGCUCUUGGAGAAAUUUAAAGGAUUGCUCUUUGGUUUGUAUUUUAUGUUUUUAAUUAUAUUCUGAAUGCCCAUUUAACAGUUCUUUGGAAAUCUGUUGGUUUUCAUUAAAGGGACACUCCGGGCACCCAGACCACUUCUGCCCAUUGGAGUGGUCUGGGUACUAACUUCCACAACCCUUAACCCUGCAAGUGUAACUAUUGCAGUUUUUAUAAACUGCAUUGAUUAUUUUGCAGGGUCAAGUCCUCCUCUAGUGGCUGUCUAUCAGACAGCCACUAGAGGGACUUCCAUGGUCUUAGAACACGAAAAGUGUUUUAAACGACGCUCGGCGUCCUCACGCUAUGCCUAUGGACCUCCAGCGUCGCCGGAAUCCCCAUAGGAAAGCAUUGAAUAUUGAAUGAUACAGAUGUUUUCCUGGCACUGGAGAGUCCCUUUUAAUGUUUAUGUAACCCAUUAUACAGCGCUACAGAAUUUGUUGGCGCUAUAUAAAUAAUAAAAUGUAAUGUUGGUGGUUUGUGCAAAAUGUAUGUUAAACCCUUAUUUAAAAGGAAUGUAUAUUUAUUAAAGUACCUAUUUCUUUUUAGUGCAAAAAAAUAUACAUUAGCCAGUUUUAAAACUGAUUUUCCUACUGCUAACAUUUGCUCUAUAAUUUUCAGUAGCAGAAUCCUGGAAGAUGUUCUCAUAUCAAGACUCUCUCUGUAUGUGGGGUCUGCUCCUAUCCCUUCUGUUUAGUUUGUGGUUUAACACCAUGAGCAUAUUCACCUAUCACAUAAGGUGAUUAAAGCUGCUGUGUAUUUCAUACCUUAGUUGCUAUCUGUUAGCUGAUUGUUGCAGUAUGAUUUGUGUAGAGUAUGUAUGUGGUCUGCUUCAUCUACAUGACCAGUUUGGACCCACUCUAUAUAGGGGACUCUGAACAGAUCUUUGUGCCUCACUGACCGCUCUGGUGGGCAGUUUUUUUUUAAGACUUAAAGGUGAGAGUCUAUAGCCUUUCUGUUUUAUUUUCCAAACUGUUGGAGAGCAGUUGAAAAUAGCUGCAAAAACGUGUUUUCCCAGAGACCCACCCCUCCUUUAGCAAACUUGAUAAUGGGAAAUUUGCACUUUCACAUUACACUGAUCACCACAAUAUUAAAACCACCUGCCUAAUAUUGCGUAGGUAGAAAGCAUUUGUUUAAUAUUGGUCUUUUGAGAAGCAGAUUAUUAUACCAAGGUAGUUGAUGAUAACACUUUGCUUUGAAUGUAGGACUUUUUGCAAGAAGGUGAGCCAACUUCAGCACGUUGUGAUGACCUGGCUGCUCUGAAAGUAAAAGGUUGUCCUGUAGACCAGAUUCAGAAUCCCAGAGGUAGUAAUCGCAAACUCAAAGAUAGUCCAAUAACAAAUAAGGUCAAAGGAGCCAAAUUGGACCCAGUUAACAUCACUCAGAUACGCCCUCAACAAUUGGAAUUUAAUCUAAGAUCUGGUAAGCAAAUUUCUAAAGAACACAAUUUUGUUGGCCAAAAUGAACACCUUUAACAGAACUAAUCUGGACUUUUGUAUCAUCCUUAGGAGAACCACAGACUUUUACUCUGACUUUCAGAAGAGCAGAAGAUUAUCCGAUUGAUCUAUACUACCUUAUGGACCUCUCUUAUUCUAUGAAAGAUGAUUUGGAGAAUGUGAAGAACCUUGGAACUGCUCUCAUGUCUCGUAUGAAGGAAGUCACUUCUGAUUUUAGGAUAGGUAAGAUCUGAUUAUUUUUAUAUUUUAGUAUUAUUGCACAUUGAGCAUGGUUUUGCAGGCGAAUAAGUUUCAUUUUCUAGUUGCUCGCCACAGGAUUAAAAUUAGACUGUUAUAUAAGAAUAUGUGUACUGCUGAUGCAAGAAAGUAAUUCAGUAUUUUUGCUUUAGGUUUUGGAUCGUUUGUGGAAAAGACAGUUAUGCCUUACAUCAGCACUACGCCUGCUAAGCUCAUCAACCCUUGUACUAGUGAUCAAAAUUGCACCAGUCCUUUUAGCUAUAAAAAUGUGCUGAACCUUACAGAUAAUGGAUCUUUGUUUAAUACGCUUGUCGGCAAACAGCACAUCUCUGGAAACUUGGAUUCUCCUGAAGGUGGAUUUGAUGCAAUAAUGCAAGUAGCAGUCUGUGGGGUAAGUGGUUCUCCCUAACUGUUCAAAAUACUAUUGAUAAGCGGUCAGUGAUUAACAAACGCACAUCAGUGGCAUCUUUGUUAAAACCUGUUUAUGUAAUUGUGCUUAGCCGAAAACCAGUUGCUAUGAUGGCAAAGUUAUUCUAAUAGAAAGAUAGACCCUAACUGAAUUAUGGAUGGUUUCAUUUGUAGACGUGUGUGUGUGUGUGUGUGUGAGAUAUUUUCCUGUGAGAGGAGUCUGCCUUUAUAAACCAAGAAUAAUUGAUCAUGAAGUGGAAGUUUAGACUCGCUGGUCUCUGGUUAAAGUUGAUCCAAAAUAAACAAAAAAUAGUAAAAAAACAUGAGAAAAGGAGUAAAAAAUUAUUACAUUAUCGGUCUGACAUUAUGUGCAGGUUCCCAUAAUAUGACGCUUGAAACUCAGAUUUUCGCAAGAUGUUGGUAACGAGAUACAUAGGUUUCUGACUGAUUGUGGAUUGCAGUCUCAUUCUAACUAGAAACCUAAAACAAAAGCUAAAGAAAACAGGGAGCAUCCCUCUCUGCCAGCAAGUUCAGUUAAGAACUUUUUAGUAAAUCUGGUGGACCAGGACUUUCAUCUUGCAAAAGGAUUCUCCAGCAUACAAUCGUGCUGUUCAAAUCAGUGUUUGGAGAAGCAUAGGCCCUGCUCAUCGAAUUGAAAACCAUCAAAAUUCUAAUUUUGUAUGUUUGAAUGUGUAAUGUAUUUUGUCAUUGAUAUCUCUUGAUGCAUUUUAAGACACUGUGUGUAUAACUUUUGCAUUUAUAGCCAACCAUUUUCUCUUUCGUUUUAGGAACAAAUCGGCUGGAGGAAUGUCACACGUCUCCUGGUCUUUUCGACUGAUGCUGGUUUCCACUUUGCUGGUGAUGGUAAAUUGGGUGGAAUAGUCCUGCCGAAUGAUGGAAAAUGCCACAUGCACGAUAAUAUGUACACCAUGAGCCACUAUUAUGUAAGUGGAGUAGAGAACACCCAAACCUAGCAACUGUGGUACAUCACUUUCAGGCCCCAAUUAAAUGGCCGUAGAUGGGACACUAGUCUCCAAAACAAUUUUAGCUUAAUGAAGCAGCUUUUGUGUAUAGAUAAUUCCUCUUUUACUCUCACUGAUCUAUUCUGCCAUUUAGGAGUUGGAUCACUUUUCUUUAUACAGCCCUAGUCCAUGUGACUUAUACAGCCUUCCUAAACACUUCCUGUAAAGAGUCAUCUAAUGUUUACACUUCCUUUAUUGCAGAUUAUGUUUUAAGAAUUUAUCACCGGCUCUGUUAAUAGCUUGCUAUACCCUGGGUGACUCCUGUAUGUAAUUAAAGUUUCAUUUACAGAGCAGUGUAAAAGUUGUUUUAUAGUGAAAAUUAAACCAUUGUUUUCAUGCAGCCUUUGUCGGUCACAGCCAGGAGAGAUGUGGUUAAGGCUGUAUAAACAGAAGCAAAAGUGAUUUAACUCCUAAAUUGCAGAGAAUAGAGAGAAUAGAGCAGUGAGUCUGCAGGGGCAUGCUCUAUACACCAAAACUGCUCCAUUACGCUAUAGUUAUUUUUGUAACUAUAAUGUUCCUUUAACUAUUUUCUUUUAAAUAUUAUUGAUCAUGCAGGAGGGAGCCUGUUUUCAUUGCACUCUAAAAUCAUUGGAAACAAGAUGACACAUACUCUUGAUGUUUUGCCAAUCUGGUGUCAUUGCUUUGCAAGGGGUGCUGACAUGGCUUCUCCAUAAAGAUUAUAUAGAAGCAAUACUUGGAAUAUAAUACCCAUACCCUAUUUUUAGCAGUCUGUGUUUUGAUUUCAGUGGAUGUGCAGCCUGUGGAAUAUGAAUGCCAUUCAAAUAUUUUUUCUUGUUUAAUUGUAAAUACCACCAUCUAGUUUGUGCAUCUACUUCCCUUCCUCUUUCUAGUUCUGGAGAGAGCCUGACAUGUCAGUGACUUGGAAGAUGACUCCACAGCGCUCUUAUUCACAAAACUCUGAACCGGUCUGUGAAUAUGCAUCACUUAAAACUUCAAUGCCUAUGCUACUAUCCAGGUCUCAGAUUACUUGCCACCACAAGCCUGGAAACUCUUAUACUAAAAGUUCUAAGUUUUCACUUGCAAAAGGCUAGUGGCAAGUGGACGUUUAGAGGUCUGUUACAUGGCUGCUGUCAACUUAUUCAGCAGAAUAAUUCAGAAUAUGUUAAGAGAUGAACUGUGGCUAGGACUAACUAUGCCCUCAAAUUCUGAUAGGAAAGAGGUCACAGUAUGGGAAAAGGGCAUGAAUAAGUGGAGCCUUUUUCCUUGGUUCCAGAUGGUCUGCAUGUUGCAAACACAUGCAAGUGCUGCAGUUUAAAAAAACAAAAAAAAACUAAAUAAAGUUGAGGGGUUUUUGAUUCAAUAUCAGUGUGUUUAUAGUUUCAUUUGUCAACAAAGUUUUUGUAUUUUUCUCCUCAGGACUAUCCCUCCAUUGCUCACCUGGUACAAAAACUCAGUGAAAACAACAUACAAACAAUAUUUGCUGUUACUGAAGAAUUUCAACCAGUUUACAAGGUAGUUUCAAUACUACAAAAGAAUUUCUGUAGCUGAUCUUCUGAGCUAUUUAUUAAUCAACACGGUAUCUGAGCUUUCAAAUGCUCUCUGAAGUAGGGGGAACUUGUCACUCCAAAUGCUUUUGGUACCUUUUGUGUAUAGAUUAAUGUUGACUUCUUUGAGAUACUGUUCUUUUCUAAUCACAUUAGCUGCUGGCUUUGGUAAUGAGACGCAUUGUUUCAAUGUGAAAAGUAUCCGGUUACUGAGGCUUUCAAUUCUUUUCCAGUGUCUUCAAUCUUUGUUUCCUGUUUUGUCAAAAAUAGAUUAGGCUAAUUCUUGUUUAGGCUUUUUUUUUUUUAACUGAUGUACUUAAUAUAGCAGGGGUGUUAAUGUUGUUGUUAAUGUUGUUUGUGGGUUAAUUUAAAAUUUUUUUUUUUUUUAUGGUGUCUAAUUUUUGCAGGAACUAAAAAAUCUGAUCCCCAAAUCAGCUGUAGGAACAUUGUCUGCAAACUCCAGCAACGUUAUCCAGCUGAUUAUUGACUCCUAUAAUGUAAGUGUGCAAAUUUAACAGUGUGUGGUGGGGGGUUUUUUUGUCUGUUUUUUUUGUGAAAGGAGCAAUGCUUAUAGCCCUACAGCAGUCAAAUUACCUUAUAUUAAUAUUUUAAAUGUCUCCUUUGGAUUUAAAAAAAAAAAAAAAAAAAAUUCCUGACCAUGCUAAAGUUCAAAGUUUCUCUAUCAAGUCUGUUUGAUUAAUACUAUGUUUUUUCUUCAGUCUCUUUCUUCAGAACUCAUUUUAGAAAACAGCAAGUUGCCUGAAGGUGUCACAAUUAGCUAUAAAUCAUUCUGCAAGAAUGGUGUUAAAGGGACAGGGGAGAAUGGAAGAAAAUGUUCUAACAUCUCCAUUGGAGAUCAGGUGAGUCAUGCCUAUCCAUGUGUCUUACUACAUUUAGUAUGUUAUCCUUCUGGCACCUCUAUGCCUGAUAGACUUGAUUUCUCUGUGCUGGAAGUUGGGGUUAUUUGGGUUUGCAUAAGGCAUUUCUUUACUGGUAUUAUAGAAUAGAUUCUUGUUUUUCUACGGUCUGCUGCCAUCUAAAGAUGUAUUUUCUUUAUUUUUUUUAUUUUUGUUUUGUAGUGAACAAAUUUUAAAUCUAACUAAAUUCAGAAGUCUGAUAGAUAUUAUUACCAGAACUUUCCCUUAUUGGCGAGAAACAGUACAACACAACUAAUUGGCUUCAAUUUGGGUUUUGCAAAAAUCUUGGGUGACUUUUGCAAUUGUUUUACAACAAUUUAAACUUUUAAUCCGAGGAAGCAUUUGAAUGUUUUUUUCAUGUUCAUGUGUAUUCUUGAAAUAUGCUGUUUGUCUCUUCUAAUAUUGAAAAUGAUCAUCCUACUUUAAGGCUUUGUAAUGUUUAGAGUCUUGCAACAAUUCCUUAAAGGGAAAUGAUAAAGACAGAUACAGUGGCAGUGGUUCCAGCAGUUUGUAUUAACCAGAUUGCUUUACAUCACAGUUUGGCAAGUGAAAUAACUCUUCAUGCUCUCUAGCACUGUUUAGAGCAUUCACAUCCAUGCUUGUUAAAAGAAAUGUGAAGGCACCUCCUCAGAAGGAAAACAAUGAUUUUAUGAAUGCUUUGUUUCAGGUGGAAUUUGAGAUAAGUGUGACUGCACACAAGUGUCCUAAAAAAGGGCAGAGUGAAUCCAUUAAAAUCAAACCCCUUGGAUUUACUGAAGAGGUUGAGGUUAUUCUACAUUUUAUCUGUGAAUGUGAUUGCCAGAAAGAUGGAACUCCACACAGCCCACAAUGUAAUAAUGGAAAUGGCACCUUUGAAUGUGGAGCCUGCAGGUAUUUAUGUGGCUCAUUUUUUAUUUUUUCGCACUUCAUGAGUAAUAUAGGUGAGCUUAAGCAGUAUUUGUUUAUUUUAAUAGUGUUUUACUUCGCCUCUAUUUUGGGCUAUCUCUUCAGGCAUCUCCAAGAGAUAUAGCCAUAAUAGAGGAAACCUUUCUGUGAGCAUAUCUGGCAAGUCUCUUAAGGGCUGUCAGUAACAAGAGUUCGGGAAAAAACUCCUGCCCAAAAGGUGUAAAGGGCUUUAUUAUUGAGGUAAAAUAGGCGUCACUCUAAAUACAGCUUGCAAAGUAGACUUGCAAGUAAGAUGCAUGCUGUUCUUUACCAAGCUCCUUUCUUGUCAAUUAAAUGCGACACUAUUUGAAUAAAUGUUGUAAACUGCUAAAUGAAACGUUUCUAUUUCUUCAUGAACAAGUGCACGCUCUUCCCACCAAUGAGCCUGUCACUGGGUGGCCAGUUCCUCCUGUCAGCAAGCAUCUAUCAAACUAAAAUGGGGCAGAAAGAUUACUCCAAGCAUCAUAUCAACUACUGCUUGCUCACUGGAUUACACUGUAGAUGCAAAUGUUAGGAGGACAAAAUCUCAACCUGUAUAUUAUGUCUUGCUAAUAUGAUGAUGGAAAAUGUUAGUGAGCAGUAGUGCAUUAUGUAAGGUCUGCGAAUCGAGUGUACUAAAUUGGAAAUGUAAUAAAAGCCAAAGCAAGCUGAUGCAUCUGUUAUCCUGACCAUGCAUCUAUAGUGUAUCGCUGUUGGUACAAUGAGGCCCUUCAUUUUAUAUUAAACUAGUUCAGAGGUCUAGUUAGAAUACUCUGGAUUUUCUAUGAAUGAGUCACCGAAAUAUUGCUUCCACCUUUGUAUUUGAGACCGACUCCCCUCCACCUUCAGUUCCAAUUGUAAUAUUGGUAGAUGGACCAUUUACACCAAACAUUUGUAAGGAACCUGUAUUGUUAUGGUGCUUGGGGUGUCCCUUUUAUUGUAGCUUAAAUAAAUGUCUUUAGAAACCUUUACUCAACUCCUACAGACACCACUUUGUUUUUGUUUUCCUAUUAUUGCUGUAUAGAUGCAAUGAUGGUCGUAUUGGAAAGGAGUGCGAGUGCAGCACAGAGGAAGUGAACAGUGAAGAUAUGGAUGCUUACUGCAGGAAAGAUAAUGGCUCUGAAAUCUGCAGCAACAACGGGGACUGUGUCUGUGGCCAAUGUGUGUGCAAAAAGAGAGACAAUCCUAAUGAAAUCUAUUCUGGAAAACAUUGCGAAUGUGACAACUUUAACUGUGAUCGAUCCAACGGGCAGAUAUGUGGUGGUAAGUGCUUUGUUAAAUGGGGGGAGGGGGUGGGGCUUGUAAAAUGAUACCUCAGAGCAAUGAUUUACUUUAAAGUAAGGAAUCAGCUGCCUCACCUACCUGCUAGCCAGGUAAGGUCAUGAUUGUGAAAGCUGGACACUCUGGUAAGGUACCAUCCCUCUGUAAUACAUUUUUGAGGAGGUUGGCAUUGGUAAGUAGAUAGUAUAAUUUAAGUCUCAGGAGCUGUAUUGCAAUGCAUCCAUCCAUAGAAACAUAGAAUGUGACGGCAGAUAAGAACCAUUCGGCCCAUCUAGUCUGCCCAAUUUUCUAAAUACUUCCAUUAGUCCCUAGCCUUAUCUUAUAGUUAGGAUAGCCUUAUGCCUAUCCCAUGCAUGCUUAAACUGCUUUACUGUGUUAACCUCUACCACUUCAGCUGGAAGGCUAUUCCAUGCAUCCACUACCCUCUCAGUAAAGUAAUACUUCCUGAUAUUAUUUUUAAACCUUUGUCCCUCUAAUUUAAGACUAUGUCCUCUUGUUGUGGUAGUUUUUCUUCUUUUAAAUAUAGUCUCCUCCUUUACUGUGUUGAUUCCCUUUAUAUAUUUAAAUGUUUCUAUCAUAUCCCCCCUGUCUCGUCUUUCCUCCAAGCUAUACAUGUUAAGAUCCUUUAACCUUUCCUGGUAAGUUUUAUCCCGCAAUCCAUGAACCAGUUUAGUAGCCCUUCUCUGAACCCUCUCUAAGGUAUCAAUAUCCUACUGAAGAUACGGUCUCCAGUACUGUGUACAAUACUCCAAGUGAGGUCUCACCAGUGUUCUGUAUAAUGGCAGAAGUAUGAACAAUACAAGAAAGUCUGGGAGCCCUGGUUGACAUUCCUCAAACAAAUAUAAUUCCAUACUCCAAUCCAGGUGUGCUGGGCGCCUGGGGAAAAUCUCCAACACUUCAUUGUACAAACAUUAUGGUUUUAUGUAUUUAAACAGGUAGCUUAAUGCCAUAGUGUCCAACAACAAAGGUUUAUUUUAUAUAUAUAUAUAUAUAUAUAUAUAUAUAUAUAUAUAUAUAUAUAUAUAUAUAUAUAUAUAUAUAUAUAUAUAUAUAUAUAUAUAUAUAUAUAUAUAUAUAUAUAAAAUCUUGGCCAAGUAUCAGAGAAUCUGCACCCCCACAAAGGAACGGUUAGCCAUUCGCUUCAGGAACACUCUGACACACGUACACAGGCGUCACCUAAAGUAUAGGUUAAACACGCUAGAUUGGGGGUUCAAGAGAUGGAGGUUUUGACCCUUAUAAUGGCUUAUCUUGCGUCUCUCAAUUGCAAAUGUACGGAUCUCAAGAUUCUCUUGUUAAUCCAUGUUACUAUUGUUAAAAUGUUAUGCCCUUGGAUGCAAUAUGCAUAUCUUUGACACAUCCUACUUAUAUGCAAUUGUAACAAACUUAGACUCUGCAAAAAUUUAUCUUAAUUUCAUAUCUAUCACUUGUUUAAUAUUUGUUUUGUUUUUUUAAGUUAAUUUUAAAAAAAGUGGGGUUUAAAGAACACCCUGAGCAGAAUAGGAUAGAAUUCAAGUGGUCAGACGUUUUUGUAUAGCCUGUUGUUUAGACUGUAUCUAAUGUGCCAAGUAUUGUGCAAAGUCCUGCUAUAGCCUAAUCUUACUUAAACUAACACUAAAAAUAUGCAAGAACUAAUAUAUACCUCACUGUACUUAAUGUUUGAAAAAAGCAUGAGGAUUGCCUUUGGGGUACCGCAUGCACGUUCUGUUACGUUUCUAUGCACUACAAAAAUAAAGAAUUUAAAAAAAAAAAAAAAAACACCCUGAAUAGGUGUAAAUUGAGAGAGGGUAUGACAGAUGGUAAUGUAACUCCAUAUAAGGCUUAUUUAAAAAAAUAAAAAUGCUUAUUAGAACAAGUCCUCUUAUACAAUGUGCUUUGUAUAAAUCUUGCUUUCCUUGAGAGUUUUUUUUUGUUUUGUUUUUUUGGUCGUUUAAAGUACAUUUAAUGCAGAUAAACAUUAUUUCUUGCAGGAAAUGGUGUUUGCAAGUGUAGAGUAUGUGAUUGUUUCGCAAACUUUUCUGGAAAUGCGUGUGAUUGUUCUGAAGACAUUAGACCUUGUAUAGCAACAAAUGGACAAGUUUGUAAUGGCCGAGGUAUCUGCGAUUGUGGGAGGUGCAAAUGUACAGACCCCAAAUUUCAGGGAGCUACCUGUGAAAUGUGCCAGACGUGUGUUGGUGUUUGCGCUGAACACAAGUAAGUAAUUUAUUACUAAAAUAUUAAAGCAUACUUAACACUUGUGCUAGUAGGGACAUUACCCUAUAGCUUAGAUGUCCUCUACAAAAUCUUUUUAAAUGUUAUCAUGCUUUUGACGUGGGAGCUUUUGAAUUGGGUUGUAUUGUCAUUUGUGUGUGUGUGCGCGCGCGCACACACAAAAUGAAAGGAAGUGACCAAUAAAUGUUGACAGGAUAAAACAUUUACUUAUUGUGUCUAACUGCACGUAUUUGUCGUGAAGAAAUUACAUUUUCAUUCCGUAUAAAGCAUUUGUAUUGACAAUUUAAGGGGAAAAAACUGUUUACAAUCGUGUUUUGUAUGUUGCAAAGUUUAACGCUAAUUUGUCUAACAGGGACUGCGUCCAGUGUAGAGCAUUUCAGAAAGGAGAGAAGCAAGCAGUUUGCCAGGAGCAGUGUAUGACAUUUAAUAUCACAAAGGUUGACACACGUGAUCUAUUGCCUCAACCAGGCCAGGCAGAGGCACUCACUCACUGCAAAGAAAAGGAUGUUGAAGACUGCUGGAUUUACUACACCUACUCUGUGAAUUCCAAUUCGGAAAUCCAUGUACACGUUGUGAAGGACCCAGGUAAAAUCAGCACAAUUUAGAGAUACACAUAAGUUAAUGUGUGCACUCAGUGAUGUUGAAGUGGGAAUGUUCAAUAAGUCUUCAGUAGGAGGACAUGGCCUACUUAAAAGGUCAUUAUGCACCCUAACAACUACAGCUAACUGUAGUGGUUAUGGUGCCAGUAUGCUCUUACCGCUGUUCCCUAGUUCUGUGUCAAACCAUUUUCAAAUGGCAUCUCACACAGAACAGCUCUUGAUGUUGGCAAAUUAGGUGCGUUUUUUUGGAGGUUAGGGAUAAAUGUAUAUCAACCAACCGUUUGUGCUACUCAUUGUCAUGACUUGGAAAGGAUUUCACAGAAAGGAGGUUGCACUCAGUUACGCAUCUUUCAUAGCCCUUUGUGAAAACUCCUUUAUCAAGCCUGGUGUGGUAAAGGCUAUUUUAUAAGCCCUACCAUUGCUGCUUUUUUUAUUUUUUAUUUUUUUUUUAUUAUUAUUAUAAUUAUAAUGAAAAAAGCAAGAGAGAACUCAUCCUUACUUUUAGUAUAUGGUGGGUUACUUCAACCAUAUAAAUGCACUUUGGGUCAGACAGUGUUUGAAACCAGACAGUGUCUAUGGUCUUACCUGCUUCUAUGCAGUGAAGACCAUACAGACUGUUGAUAUUGAGACACUGUCUCACCCAAGGUGCAUUUAUAUGAUUGAAGGAACUAAUCAUGGACUAAAAGUAGGGAUGAGUUUUAGUUUUUAGACUGUAUGCUUAGUCACCUGCCAACAUUUGCAAAAUGUCUGAUGUUUGAGCCCUCAUUUAGCAUAUCAGAGCAAUGUGCUGGUGAAGGAGCUUCUCACAGGACUUAGGAUCUGGAACACAACUAGUUUCCAGUGUGCGUUAAGGGGAAAACCUGAUUGAACAUCAUCUUCUUGCUCCCUGUCUACGUAAUGUGCUCAGAUAUUUCGUGUAGGGUCCUGUCAGAAACUCCCUCCCUCUCAGGACAUUACUCAGCCAUUCCACAUUAGGGGUGUGGCUUGCGUCUGAAAAUAUAGCUCUACAUGUCUGUGCGUCGGGGGGGGGCUAGGCAUCAGCAAAACUCUUGUGAGAUAACCAACUAGUCCGUUUCAGGCACCUGGCCUUAUAGUGGUUGGUUGGUUGUUUUUGUUUUUUUUUUUGUUUCACCACUUGCAUGAAGAGUGCACAUUAGAUCCACUCAUUUAAAAACAAAAACUUGCCCUGUAACUCCAUAUAUACAUUGUAUAUUACAAUGUUACAAUUUAAAAAGCUUCUUAUGCAUUGUAUUCGGUGAUUUCUACAGCAACUUCAAGAAAGAGAAAAAACACUCAGAUGCUCUAAACACGCACAUCAUGGUAAAUAGUUGUGUAAUGUUUCGCGUGUCUUUGUUUUAUCCUGCAGAGUGUCCUAGUGGCCCCGAUAUAAUUCCCAUUGUUGCUGGAGUGGUGGCUGGGAUUGUUCUGAUUGGGUUAGCAUUGCUGCUGAUCUGGAAGCUUCUCAUGAUCAUCCAUGAUAGAAGAGAGUUUGCCAAGUUUGAGAAAGAAAAAAUGAAUGCCAAAUGGGAUACAGUAAGUACUUCAGAAUAACUUUGUUAGACCAUAGAAACUAUACAUUAGUCAGAAAACUGACCGUUGCCUAUUUUCACAAAAUGUAAAUUACAUUUGACCUGUUCAGUGUUAAAACUUGCUCUGUGACCCAUAAUUAAAUUUUAAUAAAACAUUAAACUUUUCACAUUGAUAAAGGGAAUGUUACCUGAAAUGUUUGUGUUUAGCAUGUCCUUUCUAAAAACUACAGCACUGAGGUGCAUCUAAAUAACUGUUUGCGCUAGUUCUGUUCUUUAAUUUUGGAUUUGCACUUAUGCCACUACUGGAGCCAUAGUGGACUAUGAACUAGCUGCACAGAAGUUAAUCUAGUGAUUAUUCUAAAGUAUUUUAUGGUUCCUAUCUUUUUAUGCUGCAGCAUCUUUUUCAUCAAUUUUCUGUUUGUGUUUAUUCAAAAAUCGUGAUUAGACUCUUCCUAGUAUAAGAUGUAUCCAUUGCACUGGGAAAGCUAUGCUGCGAUAAACUUUAUUUUAUUGAGCAAGUAAAAGGACCUGCUCUUAAAGUCUUUUCAGUAUGUUGUUGGGUGAAUUUAUGAAGAUAAUUAGUGACACUUUUAUGUAUUAGUCCUGCUUUGGGGGACUUGUGUAAACAGGGUUUCCAAACUCAGACUUCCUGUUUGACUAAGGCACCCAUUGUUGGAUAGUGGUAGGCCUGUCUAAGAGGAACAAAGUGCAGACACGUCUAUACAGUUUGCUUGCCGAAUAGUCCUUGAAAUAGUAAAGAAUGUUUCAAACUAUCCACAUUCAGAUCUCUAACUUCAUAUAGAUAUUAGAUUUAUUACUUAAAUACGGUCCUUAAGCCUACUUCAUUACACUUUCUCCAUCCGUAUAUCUGCGUAUAACUGCAUGUCAAAAAUGGGGAGUUCACAUUUUCUUAUGUGGAUUCGUUUCUCCAGCAAGAGAAUCCAAUUUACAAGAGUCCUAUAAAUAAUUUCAAGAAUCCAAACUAUGGACGUAAAGCAGCUCUCUAAGCCUCCUCUGGUUGUAUCUUUUCCUUUUUCUGUUUCUUCUUAUGCAUGUUCCUUUUACACACUUUACUAUUAACACUGUGUGCCUGCAACGACUUCUGGAAAUACUCUCCACUGCUUUGCUUUUUAGUUAACAAUAUUUGUUACAAAGUGUCCAUUUUAGUGCCUUGACAAAUAGUUUAAAGGGAACUCCAAGCACCAUAUGAAUCUAUUCCCAAAAUAUUGGGGUUUUUUUUGUAGAUGGAGCUCGCAGCAUCCUUAUAGUCACGCACAUCGAAGGAGGAAGCUAUGCUUUAAUUUGCUCAUACUCUAGAGCGUUUUGUUUCAUAGCUUUUAUUACUUUAAUUCUAUUUAAAAGGCUAUUUUUCAGCAGCAACUAGCUCCAUUAGCAAAAAAUCAAUAAGCAAGAUAUUUAGCAAUCCAGUAUUACUAGCUUUCUUGGUAAUCCAGGUAGUGAGGGCCCAGCUACAUGGCCCCAUAGCUUCCUGCUGUGCUCCGCUCAGUGGCAUCAAAUGAGAACAGGGACGUGACUGUUCUUGUCUGAGAAACCUUGAAGUCCUGUAUAGCUUAUGCCAAGAUAUGCAUACCAUAUCCAUGCAUUGGUUAUCUGUAGCACUGCAGAGGCCACAGAUGUACACAUUAAUUUACUGGCAGUGAAUGAAUGUAAUUGCCAGACAUGCACUUCCCUAUUAAAUGUAAAAGUGGCUUUUUUUUAUUUAAAUAAAAAAAAGUAAUCAAGCAAUACUGAGAUUCUGCCUGUAAGUAGUACUCUUCCUCUCCUUUCUUUCACCCUCCCCCCCCCCACCCCCUUCAUCUUUCUUCUUUUGUUACUUCUUGUAUCCACUCACCUGGUCUCAGUGAAGGCUUUUAUCAUUGGUGACUAACACAUAAACUGCCCCAUUUAGAGUAAAUUGUCAUCCGAAAAUAAUAAACUUCAUGUAGAUUUUUAAACUGUAAAGAUAAAACGUUGACCUGUUUGACUAGCCUAAUGUUUAUACAGAAUUACUUUCAAAAGUGAUGGUGUGUUAAGUUUGCAUGACACGCACGCAUUAAAUGGGGAAAAGGUUACAUGCUCACAACUUGCAUUUUAGUAAAGAUGCAAGUUUCUAAAGCAUAAAAAAAUAAUAAUAUUCUAGUGUUUGUUGGUAUCUGAACGAUAACCCCAGUGUUUCCUUUCUGGUAACACAAAGCACAUUCAUUCAUGGAUGAGGAUCUUGUUGCGAAUAGCUUCUUAAACUCAGAAUCUAACUGGAUGAAUUGCAAUGUAUUAGCCCCUUGUGCUGUGAUUUACAGGGAAAAGAUAUUAACUAUAUUACAAAACGUGUGCCGUGUGCAUUCUGUUCUAGCGUUUUUGAAUGCAUUAAGCUCCGAUUUUGCCCUGCCACCCCGUUAUAACCACCUCCUGCUACCACUUGAAGGUAUAUGCAGUGUAUUUUAGCAGUAAUAGUUUGAUUUCCCAUGCAUGUGCAUAGACACCAAAAAGAGGUUUUGUUUGCAUUUUCUCAAUGCUUAUUCUUGAUUGUAUUUUUCUUCCAGGGAGAAAAUCCUAUUUACAAGAGUGCCGUGACAACAGUUGUGAAUCCAAAAUAUGAGGGAAAAUGAACUUUUUUUUUUUUUUUUUUUUUUGUAAAUUUAAUUUCACAACACUGUAUGCAAAGUGAUUGAUUUUUUUUUUUUUUUUUUUUAACUUAUUUUAUUUUGUUCCUUGCAGGGAAGCAGCCAAAGCGCAAUUAAUUUACUAACCAGUUGAGGGGAAUGUAUGUGUUUUUUACAUGCAGGGGUUUUUUCUUUUUUUUCUUUUUUUUGUACAGUUUAUGCAAACCGUUUCAAGAAAGCUAUUGAUGCCAUUGGACUAUUAUUAAUUUCAUUUUUUUUUUUCUCUAAAUAGUGUGUUGUAGCAUUUUGGGUUUUUCCUCCAGUUACAAACUCACAAUUCACUGUUUAGUAUAAAAAAAAUAAAGACUACAAUGAAUAAUGUUUUCUGAGGUCACAUUGUGCCUUUUUGACCUUGAUCACCAAACUUUUAUUUUAUUGUUUCAACACCCACAAGGGUGAGAUCAGGAGUAAUCGCAGAAAGCCUUGCAAAUGAGUAUUAUAAUGGUUUCUGCUUUAGAAGGUUUAUGAAAGCUAAAUUUACAGAGAAGCCAUAACUAAUGUGAUGUACUCCUCAAAUGUCUUCUCUAGCAUGGUCAGCAGGUUUGGUAUGUGAGGUUCAGCAAUUUGGGUUUCUGGUAUUUUAUUGCAAGCAAAUGUGAGCAAAGAUGCCAACCAGCUCAUAAUGAACUUGAUUGCUAUGAUCCUUCACCUUCCGGUGUGCCAUAAUUAUAGCUUGUGGAGGAUCAUAGGAAUUGUAGUUAAUUAGAAGCUGGGUGGCCACAGGUUGCUUACAUUUGAAAGGGUGAUAUUUGGUGUAAGUGACUAUGCAAUUGAACAAAAUACAUUCUUGAUAAUGGUAUCCCAAGUGGUCCGGGAGCAUGCUUUAUUAAGAUGGUAAAUUCCAGUACUGUAUGAAUUUGCUGCAUGAAGUUAACUACCAAAAUUCACAAUGCAUUUACUUGUUGAGAUGCCUUAAUUCAUGUUGCGUCCUAGAUAAUUUCUUUUUUUUCAUUUCAUCUAUUCUCUGUCUUGCCAUCUGGGGCUUCCUUGCCUUUAAAUCACUUGUUUCCAUCAUCCAGACUGUAAUUUUAGUUUGUAAUCUUGGAUGUAAAAUUUAAAGCCGUCUACACUACUGUACUGUGAUAUAUAAUUGUUUUUCAGCUUGCUCAGAGACCGUUUUAACAUUGUGCCAUAUACAUUCUUUGUUUAUUUGCUUUCGACUAUUUGCAUUGCCUUUUGUUCAACAUUUUGUCACAAUCUUGUUUUUAAGUGCCUUUUUAUUUUAGCAGGUGUUCACUUUUUACAAUAAGGUUAACUAAAGUUAUUUAUUAAAUAAAAAAAAUACUUAAAAACUGAAA